AUGGAGGUCAAUGCUCAUUACCCUGUGAGUUUUUCUGCUUAUUGUUUCACUUUAUUUCAACAAGUCAUCAGUUAUCUGAAAUAAUUGAUAGAAACCAAUUUACAGCUGAAAUGUACUACAUCACAUGUAAUAAUGUUGAAUCUGCUUUUCUCUGCUUCAAGUCAAAAUUGGUAAAUGUUUUAAUCACAGUACCAAUCGAACCUCGAUUAUCCAGAAUGGUUGGAACUUGAGUAAAUAGUCUGGAUAAUCUAAAAUACGAAUAUUAAUGAGACAAUAAUGCAAACGUAGGGAAUAAAGAAAACAAAAUUUAAUUGUGAAUUAGCUCUUACUUGCAUUUAUGUACAGUCUGUAUGUAGUAUGUAUUUACAAAUAAAGUGUUCAUGUUCAAAACAGAUUAAAACAGUGUCUUAAAUACACCUUUGGAAGGAUUAAUGAACUUUUAAUCAUUUCAAUUUUUGAAGAUCACAUCUUAUUAAUAUUCAUGAAAAAAAAUCGGGAUCAGUAAAACAAGUCCGGGAGAUCAAGGUCCAGAUAACCGAGGUUCUUCUGUACCCAGUCAAGAAAGAAAAAUUGAAGGGAGCCCAGUACUCUGAACCUGUAAAAUCCAGGGUGCCCAGCAUAUUAUGUCUAUGAAUAAACAAAGAUUUCCCCAUCGCACAAGAGACAACUGGAAAGCAAAUCACUAGGGGCCACCAGGUACUGCUAGAGCACAGCUCUUCCAGUAUAUAUAUCUAUACUAAUUUUAUUGGCUGGUGUAUUUCUAUUUGUAGCAACAGUAUUCUCUACAGGAAACCAUUGGUUUGGCUGAGGGAGCUGUAUUUAAAUCUGAUGCAGUGUUGACUUUUGAGCAAACUUUAGAGCAAGUGGUGAGUUUUCAAUUAAAAUAAAUAAUAAUUUAUUACAGUCAUCAUCAAGAAAUGUUACAACUGGAAAUGGAUUGCUUACAUGCAUUCAUACAGUUCUUGUAAUUUGUACCUCACAGAAAAAUGAUUUUUACAAAUACAAUAAUCUAAAACAAAGCUUAUGUCUAAAUAGAUGGUCUUUUAUAUGCAGUGUUCCCUAAAUUAUUUAUAUUUUUCUUUCUAUUUCUUUUCCUGUUUUUUUUCUAACAUAGGGGAAUGUACCAUUGCUAUCUCUUCCUGCAAGUACCGGGUUAUUGCUUUCUGAAGUCACAUCUGGUUUAAAACAGACAUUAAAAACACCUACUACAGAAACAAGCAAGGUAAUGUAUGGACACAACAGGAUUUCAUGAACAGACUUAAGAGUUACAACAUAAUAAACAGUACCACAGGAAAAUACUGCUCAGUAGCUUUCAUUUCAACCUACUUAUGAAAUGACUCCAGGGUUCAAACCUCUCACAGAAAGUACAUGUACACUGAAACUUGUGUUAAGCGAACAGCCGCGGGAUCAUUAUAUUCUUUGCUGAUGUCCGCUUAACCCUCUAAGCUCCAAUAUCAACAAACAAAUUCUCCAGACCGAUCUUCAUACAUUUCCCUUAAAAUUAGUUGAGAGAAAUUGAUAAAAGAUCACAACGUUUUCCCUUUUGUGAUCAUUUCAUGAAUUCUCAUAACCUUUUACCUUGAUUAUGUAUUGAUAUUGUUAGUGCUGAGAAAGUUGGUGUUGGUCACUAUUGAGGCUUAAAAGGUUAAUAGAGCUGUCCGCCAAAUACAGGUUUGUUUUUCUUAAAAUAUGGGAAGAAACGUUUCAAAUAUGCUGAGCUAUUUGUCCGCUUAAUAUGGGGUCGUUUAACUGUAUAUCUGCAGAAAUCGAAGCAAGAACACGAUAAGCCCUUCCGUGGAUACGAGACGGGAUACGAAAGGGUUCUUUCUUGCAUGCGGCGGGUUGUGGGCCGGAGGCCGAUGCCACAGGCGCCGAACCCGCAAGAGUCACUACAAAAACUUACCGAAACCGGAAACUGCGCGUUAAAAGUCUGUGGCACCCAGGGUAGGUUAGUCUUCGCAAGGACAAAACUACUAUUACUGCUCGUUUAUAGUGGCUGUCAGUGUGUACAAGAUAUUGGCCAUGACGUGGGAAUUGUAAUAGCUUCAUAAUACUGACCAUGAACCUUGAGCUACAAUAAAAUCCCAUAGAACACUUAAAUAGUUUUUUCGUAGCGCUGCCUUGGCCCUGCAGGUGGUUCCACAAGAGGCUGAAUCACGCUUUCAGUCUUGGAGUUAAGACAAUUCUUUUGAACCAACAGUAUUUGAGUUGUUCCUUGCUUUCUUUCUUUGCUCUAGGAAUACAAGGUCAAUCCUGUAAGCAGAAAGUAGUUUUCAUCGACAAGUCUCUUCCACCGCAAAACAUUGAUCCUCGCUUAGUUAACUGGAAGUACUUCAAGUGUGUUUUGCGAAAAAUGCUUUGCGCAAAAACCGGUCCGCAAAACACAACAGAGAAUAAUGGUCAGGAUGGAAAUGCCGGCUUAAAAACAGACAAAACUGAAGAGGACAAAAACGUCACUGCUGUGGCUCUUUCAGAGCACAAAACCAGAAAGCGCCAAGCGGUGGAAGAAGAAAACGAGCUCUAG